AUGCAGCUGCCCAUUUUGUCUUUUUUCUCUUUUACUCGUUUAUUCUAUCAAAAAGAAGGCUACGAGUCGGAGAUAAAAAUGACUUCUACUCCAUUCAGCGUUGGUCUCUCUGACGAACCCCGACUAUCCAGCAGGGUGCUUCGCCCGCCCGGCGGUGGUCACACUGACAUUUUUGGCUCCGAGCCGGAGCCCCAACGUUUUGGAAGACGCCCUGGACCUAAUGCUACAGUUCCAGUUCAGCCUAAACCAGAAGAACCAACGAAGCCCACCAAUGGUGCGACUGAGCCGAGCCAAAAUGGAAACUGUCAGGAAUCUCCGAAGGAAGCGCCGCAACCAGAAGUCGUAUCACCAGCUGUUACUCCUGAUGUACCAAUAAAGAAUGAGCCUCCCAAGAUGGAAACACCCAAAUCGGAACCAGCCAAGGCAGAACCACCUAAGACUGAACCUCCAAAGCGCGUCCGUGUACCACCGGGUGGCUUCUCCUCAGGGCUGUGCGGAUUGCUGAACUUAGGCUGUAACUGCAUCACUUUUCCACUCAGCAACUUCAAAGGUACAUAUCUUGAAGAAAAUGAUUGGGUAAUUAUUCAAGAUUUGCAGUGCGUGCUUAAACCCUUCGAUGAAGUUUCUACGCGCAUGAGUGGAGAAAAAUAUUUCACGGGUGGAGAAGCGAUUCCAAUUACGCAGAGCCUUUUGGGAACACUAGAUACAUUGGAAUUAAGAGAUGGCCUGCAUGAUGUUGUCGAAGUGGUUUUGAAAAGGCUAAAAAAAUAA